ACUUGUCCUGAUGGAAGAAACAUAACACCACAUGUGCAAGAUGAAGAUCUGAACUUCGAAGGAAAAUGACAGAUUUUAAAGAAGAACAAAACAACGAAAUAGAGGCUUUGGAGUCGAUAUAUCCAGAAGAAAUCGAGGUGCUGACAACAGAACCAUACCAUGUAUUUACCAUCAAAAUUUCUUCACAAGAGUCUGAUCAAUCAACAGAAGAAACAGAACCAGCUUCUUGUGUAGUUCAGUUUUCUUAUGUGGAAAAGUACCCCGAGGAACCCCUAGUGUUUGAAAUCACAGACAGUGAAAAUCUGGAGGAUGACACGUUAGAGGAGAUAACCAGCCUUAUCAAUGAACAGAUAGAAGAGAACCUGGGAAUGGUAACAGUGUUUACAAUUGUAUCAGCAGUGCAGGAAAAGCUGACAACUUAUGUUGAGGACUCCAAGAGGAGGAAAGAAGAGGAAGCCGAGAGGAAACAGAGGGAAUUAGAGGAAGCAGAACAGAAACGUUUUGAAGGAACAAAAGUCACUGUGGAAACAUUUUUAGCCUGGAAGGCAAAAUUUGAUGCAGAAAUGGCAGAACUGAAAAAAGAAAAAAUUCAGAAAGAAAAAUCAAAGGGUUUAACAGGAAAAGAAAUGUUCUUGAGAGAUUCAUCCAUGAUAGAUUCAGACUUGCAGCUUCUAGAAUCAGAGGAGGAUGGAGUAGAAGUGGAUGAAUCACUUUUCCAGGACAUGGAUGACCUUGACCUUGAAGAUGACCUUGAAGAAGCAGGAGAUUGAUGAUAAUUUAUAACUUAGUCUAUUAAAUUUGUAAAUAUUUAUUAGCCAAUUUCAUUAUUAACAAUUGAUAUUACAAUUGUCCUCAUUUAUAUUUUUACUAAUUGAUAAUUUAAGAAAAUUGUUUCAGAAAGGACUGGUUUCAGCAUACUUACUCUUUUACAAUACAAGGUCUAGAAGUAAUUGCAAACCACAGUAGAAUAUAUUCUUUCUGAAAAUGUAAUAGAUUUAUUUAAUGUAAAUCUUUAAAUUUGAUAUUUGAGGUGAAAUAUGCCCAGUGGUUCCCUUUAUUUCAAAGUUAAAGGUUAGAGAUUAAUUGUAACAGGCGAAAGGUUGAUGUUUUUGAACUAAAUCUCUGUGGAAUUUACAACAACUUUUUUUUAAAUUUUUGAUUUCUAAGCAGCAUUUUUAUCAAUUGAAGAGGUCAAUUUGGCCGACAGCUGGUUCUUGGGGAAAACAACUGUAUACCUGUGGUUGCAUGAAAUAUAAUUAAAGAAAGAAAA